UGACCGCGUCACAAGGUUUCAGGUGGGUGUUUGUUAUGGAACUAUUUGGUGAAAUAGACCAGUAAAUUGGUCAGUAGCUAGUUAGUAAUGUCAUGGUAUCGAGGGAGUCAAGUGGAAACUCAACCCGCCUCUCAAUGGAUGUGGCAAACCUCCCUCUCACCCCUUUUGGCAUGAAGCACAACGGAUCACCACGGAAACUCACCUCUCCUGCUACUAACCGCUUCAACAAGCUUUCUCGCAGAAAAGGCAGAGACUUUCAGUAUAGAGAUAAAGAAAACAUUGGUGGGUUCAACAGUCAACUCAGAAAGCAGUUGCCUGUGGGUGAUGCUCAUCUUGUGGGUCUCCACAUUGUACCAGAGGAAAAAAAUAGUCCGGAAUCAAGUUGCACAUCAGAAAAGAAAGGAUCAGUGCCUUGCCAUUUUAAGGAUUCUCAAAUAGUUGCAAACCUCAGGCCUACGAUUGAUUCAUCAGUUGCAGGCAAGACACAAAGUACAAGAGACACAUGCAGUGAGUCCACUGGUCGAAGAGACAGUGUUUAUACUGAUAUUGAUGAUGGUAGCUUUAUAGAGUUUUGUCAUGGCAAAGAAAAGGGACACUAUGUACCUUCCUCAACUGAUGAUCCAAGUAGAAAGAUUACUCUUUAUUAUACAUGUGAGACUAACAAUGACACCCAAUACUCAACCUCAACUAAGAUGAACAAUGCCCGAGUAGGUUUCCGUAAGUAUUUGGACAAACUCAGAAUGCAGAGAAAUCUGCGGAAUGUGAGCAAGGACAAUGAAACUGAGGAGGUGAAACCACAAGAUAACAUAAAUAUGAAUAACCUACUUGAUGAGACAGUCAUUACCUGUAGUGCUGACAUGCGUAAAUUCCAGUAUAAAGGACUCCCUCCACCUGCUGUUAACAGCACUGUGAUGGAUAACUUGCCCCAUGAUGAAAAGGUUCCUUUACCACAUGUGUUUUCUGAAAUAUCAACACUUACCAUUCAGUCUGAGAUGGCAAUAGGUCAGGAGCCCCAUCAUCAGUCAAAUAAUUCACAAGGACAAUCUGACAAGCACCAAAUUGUUGUACUUUCUGAUUCCUCUGAUGAGGAGUCACAGGUGGCUGUUGGUGGUAGUGAUUAUGGCUUAACAGACUUGAAUAGCAAGACAAGGGGUGUUCCCAGAAUUGAUGGUGUAAGGGUUCCUCCACUAAACAGAAAUGAUGGUGAUGCUUUUAGCAUGCCUGUGUGUAGCAGUAUUGUAGGUAAAGUUAAAGUAUUUCGUUCUCCACCGUCUCCUGAAUUGGUUCCUUCAGUGAUUGGGAAACAUCCAUCAGUAAUAAGUGAAGACAUCAGUGUUAUUAGCAGCACUCAAGAAUUGCAGAAAGAAAGUAGACAAGUUAUUCCUAAGAGUACAGAUGUAGAUGUCUUAUCUAAAAAAGAGACCAAAGUCCCAAUGAUGAAUAAAAACCAGAAAAAUUUUCAGGAUCAUAAUAUUAAUGUUGGCCAUGUCACCCCGGGGAGACAUUUGGUAUCUGUAAAAUCUAAUGCAGAUAAACGAACUCCAGAAAAAGCAAUAAAUCCUGUACAUAAAUGGGUUAUGUCGAGUCCCUUUAAAGAGAGCUCUUUUGAUAGUUCUUUCUUGCAGAAAAAUGAAGACUCCUUCAUCAGUGAGUCACCUAGUCAGCCUAAACUGGAUCCUAAGAAUGAGUCACUUGAAUCUCAUGCAAGAGAAUUAAACUGUAUACAUUUAUCAAAUCCUGAUAACUCCAAAGUAGGAAUAAAUUCACAAUCCUUUGGUAAGAGUCAUGACCCCUCAAUUGUUGAGAAAAGUAUAGAUUCAGAUGAUAAUGUCUCUGACUGUGAUUUUGCAAUAAGGCGAACUGCAGUGACACAAAGGGUGAUUGUAUCUACUACAGAGGAGUCUGAGGAUGACAGAAAAAAUGGGAGAUAUGUUACACACAGAAGAAAGAAGAAACACACAAAAAUGAUAACAGAAUCUUUUGAAAAAGAUUGGAUUGGAGGAUCAGACAGUGAAAAUGAAGAAUCUCUUUGUCUUAGACUGUCGAAGAGUAAAAAUGAAACCAAUUGGAACUUAGAGAAGACUACGCAAACAAUUGGGAAAGCUGCCGUUUCCCCUGAAACUAAGGUAAAGAAUGUCAACAAAACUGAUAAGGAAGCACCUCAGUGGUUAAAAAAAUCAAACCGAUCAUGUCAUGAAGAUAUGGAAGACUUGCAAAAUGAAGCUCUAUGUUCUGAGAUAUUGUCACCAAGUACUAAACUGCCUACUGGUGCCGCCAAAGAACCCUUUACUACACACUCUCGCAAGACAGGGAAUUCAAAGUAUACUGGUGACAGUGAUGGGCCCUUAGAUUUAAGUUUGAUAAGGAAAGAGCUAGAUAACCUUUACACUGCUGAGUGGAGAAAAAAUGAAGAUGCCAUCUUCAAGACAGUUCCAAAAGAAAGACAGCAGGAUAGCAGAGUUAUCAGCUAUAAAUCGUUUACAUCAAACAAAAGAAGAAGCAAGUCAUGCCCUAGAUUCAAUAUGGAAUCUGAAGAGGAAAGUAGUUUCUUGUACAAGGUGAGUGAAACAUCUGGUGAUGGAGAUACAGAUGUAAACAGCAGUGAAGAAGAAAGACAUGACUGUAGUGAGAACAACAAAUCAAAUUCAUUAAACAAUGAAGAUGAAAAAGCCACAAAGAUGAUGAGGACUCCUGAUAGUCCAGAAGAGGACAGCUUUGAGGAGUACCUUAAAAAAGCCAAGGCUUUGACACAAAAGAAGAAGCAACAGGAACCACGGUACUACUAUGAGAGUGAAGACCGUUAUGAGUCAAGCUUCAUCAAUGAUGAGAGCAGUGAUGAUUUGAGUUACAGUCUUCCAUCACUGACCCAGAAGCCUACAAACAGCCGUUCAGUAAACCAUAGAACUCGUAAACACAAAAGUAGUGUCUCUAAAACUAAGUUAAGAGGCAGGAAAGAAGAAAGGCAUGAAAGUAGUAGUGAUGAAGUAAAUCCCUCAGACAGAAAAGAUCGGAAGAUUUCAAAGACAACGCCUGAAUUUGAAGAGGACAGUUUUGAAGAGUACUUGAAAAAGGCCAAAGCACUGACACAAAAGAAGGAGCACAAGAAAGUUUUGCAUUCUGAUGACAGUGAAGAUCACCAUGACUCAAACCUUAUCAGUGAUGACAGCAGUGAUGAUAGCUACAGGCUUCCCCCACCAAUCCAGAAGUCUUCCAAGAUUCCCUCAGAAAACUCAGGUUUUCCUAAACAUAAGAAACGGGGUAUAGGCAAUACAGGAAAAGACACCGGACCAAAGACUGCUACCACCUGGCGUGACUCUCCUACAAUUAUCCUUACAUCAGAUUCUGAUUCUGAUGAAUUAUACUCCUUUACUGAAACCAAUAAAAAGGUGGUUCAACCUCGCCCAUCUUUUGUCACACCUCGUACAAAGCCAAGAGGCAAGGUUUUGCCAAAGACUGAAGGUCAUCACCGACAGUUUGUCAAGAAGUAUGAAACGGGACACCUUUCUCCUAGAUUACCUUUCUUAGCAUCACUUUCUUCCAAUGUCAACAUAAUACAGUGCCAUCCAGAGGCAUUGCCAUAUAUCAAAGAUUUUAAAAAGAAGAAAGAAGAGCUAGCUGAAAAAUUGUACAAAUAUUAUAAUACUCAUGUUUUUGAUGAUAAGCUACCAUCAUCCAUGGAUAUAAAGUGGAAUGCGAGGCUAAGAAAGACAGCUGGAUAUUGUUACUAUCAAAUCAAUAAAUCUACCGAAUGUCGGAGGGGAAGCAGAAUAGAACUUUCUACCAAGGUAAUUGACUGUGCUGAGAGGGUAAGAGACACGCUUAUUCAUGAAAUGUGUCAUGCUGCUGCCUGGAUUAUUUCUGGAUACAAGGAUGGCCAUGGACCACUAUGGAAGGCAUGGGCUGGGAAGGCAAGGGCUGCUUUCCCUGAGUUACCAGCUAUCAACAGAUGCCACAACUACCAGAUCCAGUGUAAAUACACAUACAGGUGUACCCGCUGCCAAUACAGCAUUGGACGUCAUUCAAAAAGCCUUGAUACAAACAAAAAAGUUUGUGGAUACUGUUUAGGAAAAUUUGAACUUUUAGUGAACUCCAAGACACAGAAAGACCAGAGUAAAGCCACUCCUGGGACACCAGCCUGCAAUCCUAGAACACCUAAAACACCUGGGCCAUUUGCCUUGUUUGUUAAGGAGAAUUAUGGAUCUAUCAAGAAGUCAACUCCUAAUGUCAAGCAUGGAGAUGUCAUGAAAAUUCUUAGUGCAAAGUUUGAGAAGAUGAAAACUGGUGGUAGUUAAGUGCUUUCAUCAUAUGACUUAGACUUGUUUGUACUUUAAGCUGGUAUUGUGUACAAAUUUUUCUUACUUUAUGGGAUAAAAUAUUCAAUAAAAGAA